GCGGUGCCGAGGUCGUUCGGAGGUUCCCGUACCUCGCCUCGAGGCCGCAUCCGCACAGCGGCAGCCACAGAGCUCUUUAAAUCAUGGAAAAACAAAAUGGACAAAUGAAUGCUCCUCAUCCAGGAACAAAUUUACCGCCUGGACAUCUCCCUGUAUAUCCUUCAGCAGCAUUCCAAGGACCUCCAGAACAUACUGGCUACCCUGGCCCCCAGGCUGGCUACUCAAUUCCACCAGCUGGUUAUUCAGGUGCUGGCCCAGUAGGCUUUCCUGUCCAACACCAGCCAGUGUAUAAUCCGCCAGGUGGACCUGCAGGGGUACCAUGCAUGCCAGCACCACCACCUCCAUUAGACUGUCCACCUGGAUUGGAAUAUUUAAGUCAGAUAGAUCAGAUACUGAUUCAUCAGCAAAUUGAGCUUCUGGAAGUCUUAACAGGUUUUGAAACUAAUAACAGAUAUGAAAUUAAGAACAGCUUUGGACAGAGGAUUUACUUUGCAGCAGAGGAUACGGAUUUCUGUACCCGAAAUUGCUGUGGGGCUUCUAGGCCUUUUACCAUGAGGAUUCUUGAUAAUAUGGGCCAAGAAGUUAUAACUCUGGAGAGACCACUAAAGUGUGACAGCUGUUGUUUCCCUUGCUGCCUUCAGGAGAUAGCAAUCUAUGCUCCUCCUGGUGUACCUAUAGGUUAUGUUAUUCAGAUCUGGCAUCCAUGCCUGCCAAGGUUUACAAUUCAAAAUGAGAGGAGAGAGGAUGUACUAAAAAUUAUUGCUCCAUGUCUUCUAUGCAGCUGUUGUGCAGAUGUUGAUUUUGAGAUUAAAUCUCUUGAUGAAGAAAAUGUGGUUGGAAAGAUUUCCAAGCAGUGGACUGGUUUCAUGAGAGAAGCAUUUACAGAUGCUGAUAACUUUGGCAUCCAGUUCCCUUUAGACCUUGAUGUGAAAAUGAAAGCUGUGAUGCUCGGUGCAUGUUUCCUCAUUGACUUCAUGUUUUUUUGAAAGGGGUGGAGACAGAGAAUAAAAGGAGUGUGGUAGUGGAUUAAUGAAAGUCUCCUCAGAAAGUUUGAAGUCUGUGUAUUGAUUGGGACUAUGUAAAAGAAAAGCUCACUGUUUUUUUUUUUUUUCUUUAUUGAAAUGACUUAUAGCAUAUGUGAAUUAUACUGUGAUGCCUGAAGCUCCUGUUAUAUAUGACUUUUCAAAUUAUGAGUUUAUUUUCUAUAUCACUUACUUAAAAACGUUUUUAUGCAUUUCUUUUAUGUCAUACAUCUUCUUUUUCUUUAUGUAUUUUGGAGAAAGGACAUGGGAAUUUUUACAUUCAAUCAUGGGAAUUUUUACAUUCAAUCAUGAA